AUGCUUUGCAUCCCGCAUUUGUACUACCUCUUGUUCACGCUUUUCUUCCUGGUGCCUUGCCUGAAAGCUGUUCCAACAGGCUCUUCACCGAGCCGUGCAGCAUCGCACUCCAACGGUAAUAGUACUUCAAAUGGUCAUGAAAUCACUAAAACAGGCUCUGGCGGUAGAAGUCAUGAGGUACCAGACUUGAACGAAAUGGCCGCAGAAGAAAGUGAUCACAACUCACCACCUUCAACAAGAAAAGAGGUAUCAAGCUCAGCUGAUACUUCAAAGGAAUCCAAAAUGGCCUUGCGAGAAAGACUUCGAGAGGAGAGCAGAAAACGAAAGAACAAAAGAAGAACAGAAAAGAGAGAGUCUGCAACUACUGAACAUAAAGAAGAACUUAGAAUGCAAGGUUCGAUAAGGCAACUCAAGUAUCGCACAAAUUUAAAACAAAAAACAGGCUUUCCUAGUGUACAAUUAAAGCGUUAUCACGAAUUAAAGAGCUUGAAAGAAGAAGGAAAAGCAUCUGAUCAACAAAUCCAAGAAUUAUCAGAAUAUAUACGAAGAACACGAAAAAUAGGAAAGGAGAGUAAGGCAAGAAUUUGAGCAAAGAAGAAAGCUGAGAAGGAGGAUUGAAGGCCUAUUUGUUUCAUUCCGACUUCUGACAGAAUUGAUCGGUCCUUACUCCUCUACUUCUGCUGCACGUCUUCUUCAUCGUCUGAAUUAAUCUAUUAGGCACUAAUUUGUUCGGGAACUCAAUCAAAGAGUAUUGCUUUGCUUGAUAAUGUAGCACGGCCUACCAAAUGCUCGCUACUGCUCACAUACCGAAGCGGUAGCGAGUGCUAUAGCACAGAUCUUGUUGAUUGCGAUAAAGUUUAUAUACAAGCCAGGGUGAACGAUGAAGUCAUUUUCAAGCCAAUUUUAUUAAACUAUCUUUAUCCGAUUUGCAUUUGUAUCUGUGUCUCGAG